UAUCCGACAGAAUUCGAACGCACACAUGUCUCUGGAGGCAAGAGACACGCCCCUGUCGACUGAUACAUCUCGUUCCCUAUUGGUCAAUUUUCACCGUUAAGUGUGGAUUUAAAGGUUUCCCAUUGGCUGCUGCUUGGCCGUCUGAAGGCAAAAGGCAGCAUCUGUGGCUCGUGCUGUGCCAGCUGUCCCCUGCUCGCAUACACUGCAAAGAAGCACCGACCAGAUUAGAGAAACGGCCAACAUGGGGUCCAUGCGCAUUCUCAUCAAGGGAGGCAAAGUGGUCAAUGAUGACUUCACCCAGGAAGCGGAUGUUUACAUUGAGAACGGCAUCAUUCAGCAGGUCGGAAAGGAGCUGAUGAUUCCAGGCGGGGCGAAGGUGAUCGACGCCUCCGGCAAGCUGGUGCUACCCGGCGGAAUAGACACCUCUGUGCAUUUUGAGCAGACUUUCAUGAACGCCGCCAUCCAGGAUGACUUCUACAGUGGCACCAAGGCGGCUCUGCUGGGUGGUACCACCAUGGUGAUGGCCCACGUCCUGCCUGAGCAACACUGCUCCCUGGUGGAUGCCUACGAGAAGUGCCGCGCUCUGGCUGACGCAAAGGCUUGCUGCGACUACGCUCUGCAUGUCGGCGUGACCUGGUGGGGGCCAAAGGUACGUAAUGAGAUGGAGACCCUGGUGAGGGAACACGGGGUCAACUCCUUCCAGAUGUUCAUGGCCUACAAAGACAUGAUGAUGCUGAGGGACUCCGAACUCUACCAGGCACUGCAGACCUGCAAGGACAUUGGGGCCAUCGCACGCGUCCACGCCGAAAAUGGAGAGCUGGUGGCAGAGGGUGCUAAAGAGGCCCUGGAUUUGGGAAUAAGCGGACCCGAAGGUAUUGAAGUCAGCCGGCCCGAGGAGCUGGAGUCUGAGGCUACUCACAGAGCAGUCACCAUCGCUAAUAGGGCUCACUGCCCCAUCUACCUGGUGAACGUUUCCUGCAUGGGAGCUGGAGAUAUGGUGGCUGCUGCUAAGAUGCAGGGUAAGGUGGUCCACGCUGAGACCACAGCAGCUCACGCAGUGCUGAACGGGAUGCAGUAUUACCACCAAGACUGGGCUCAUGCUGCCGCCCAUGUCAUCGUCCCUCCUCUGCGUCUUGACCCUAACACACCAGGCUACCUGAUGGGCCUGUUGGGCAAUGACACCCUGAGUGUCGUGGCAUCAGACCAUCGUCCUUUUAGCACCAAGCAGAGAGCUUUGGGCAAGGAAGACUUCACCAAGAUCCCCCAUGGUGUGGCGGGAGUCCAGGACAGGAUGAGCGUCAUCUGGGAGAGGGGGGUGGUUACAGGAAAGAUGGAUGAAAAUCGUUUCGUGGCCGUGACGAGCUCUAAUGCCGCCAAGAUCUACAACUUGUAUCCGCGCAAAGGUCGCAUCAUCCCUGGAGCUGAUGCUGACGUGGUGGUGUGGGAUCCAGAUGCAACAAGGACCAUCUCUGUCAGCACUCAGGUGCAAGGCGGAGACUUCAACCUGUACGAGGGGUUGCGCUGUCACGGCAUCCCCCUGGUCACCAUCAGCCGAGGACGUCUGGUGUGUGAGAACGCCACGUUCAUGUGCGCCGAGGGCUCCGGGAAAUUCUACCCACAGCGCACGUUCCCUGACUUCCUCUACAAGAAAAUGGUGCAGAGAGAGAAAGCUCAGGCUUAUAAAGGCGUGGACAGGGAUCCCUACUCUGGUGAUGUAGUCAAGGUCACCAACGCAAUGAAGAAGGAGCUUGGUUUAAGCCCCACUGAUGGAGAUGGCACCAACAAAGGUGGUGUUAGGGUGCAACAGGGGGUUCGAGACCUCCACGAGUCCUCUUUUAGUCUCUCGGCUUGCCGCAAUGGAUCCUUGCAGUCCGACAUGACAUCGGGGAAAAAAAGUUCUCCUCCCAUUCCGUGUGGAAGUGGGUCUCAGGUUGAUGACCAUAUCCCCAAGAGGUCCUCUGCUAGGAUCCUGGCCCCUCCAGGCGGCCGCUCUAGUGGAAUCUGGUAAUCUGUGGUCUGGAGAGAACUCCACAAAACCGUCCAAGCCUCCUUGUUUUGUAUAUUCCUGAACAACCAAGAAAACUGCACUGAUUUUAAAAUAAGAAACGUUUAAUGCUAAAAGGGAAAACGUAAAGACUUAAUUUGUGAUCGCUGGUUUGCUGAAGUCUUAAUUGGCAUUAUUGAGGAAUUAUGUAUGAAUUCAUAUCCAAAAUCAAGCUAACUAUCGACUGACUACUAUUAUUGUUAAGCUGCUAGAUGAAAGAAACAGAAACUAAAACUGAACACUGAAAAAAGCAGUACAGUUUUUAACGGUUUGCAGUGAAGAGACGUCGACUUAAGUAUCUAAAAAUAGUAGAACUGCAUUCUGUGAAGCACCUCCUGUCACACAUCAACAGUGUACACUGUAGACACACACACAGAUUUACUCAUUUGAAGACGAGCGUGAGUUCUGUUUGUGAUGAAACAAUGAACUGUGUUUUUGUUUCCCGUGGAUGAUCUGUGCAGUGUGGUGAUGACAUCUAACUGCUUCAACACACCAUGUCAUCUCGCUGCCACACUCUCCAGUCUCUGUCUCACGCAUAUGCCACCCCAGAUGCCCUCUAUCGUCAUCCUAACACUCAACAGAGAGCACUAAUACGGCAUCGUGCCGCAUAAUUACAUUGCUGUAGCUAUGAUCAGACUGAUGUUUACAUAAUAUGUGUAUCUGCACGGACAUACAUAUAACAUGAUAGUCCACAGUCAACCUUUAUUGAUGCAUCCAUAUCAGCUUGUGCUUGUUUGGCUUGAGUACAGUGGCCUUAAAAGGACAAAAAAGUGGCAUUUUGGCAAACUGCUCUAGUGCAGUUCCAGCCAGUCGUGAGUAAUGUUGACUAAGAUGGAUGGAAGAAUUUGCAGGGUCUCAAGGGAAAAUCCUCACUAUUUAAUACAUCUGGACCUGUGUUAUACUGACUAAUUACAGUGACAGAUUACCAACAGCCAACUCUAUGGUUAGCGUCACUAAACAAGAGGGCAGGAAGAUUGAGCUGCACAUGCUAAAGCAAGCACAGAUCCUCUCACUUCCUUGUCAUUCCUUUAUUCUGUUUCCUCAUGACCACUUCCCCGUGUCUGUGUACUGUACAUUUAGGAUGCUUUCUUUUAGUGAAAAAGAAUAAAUGUGCCAAUGUGAGUCACCCGUACCGCACACAAACGCCAUGCACGAAGAGAACCGAGCGGGAUGGAUUGCCACAGGUUCACAACUGGUGCUGUUUUUAUUUUUAUUUUUUUUUUACAAUGGUAUACAAGGGUGUUCAUUUUGUUGUUGUUUAGAAGGCACUGUACAUUGUCAGUGACUGUGCGUUGUGGAUUCUUGUUUUGUUGGAAAGUGAACCUGUUGAAUAUGUACCGUGGCUGCUUGUUUCUUACCACUAAAGUAUUGGUAAAACAAUAAAGUGAAAAAAAUGUAUUAUCUAAUGU